AUCAUGCGCAGUAGAGGAAGCCCAGUCUGGCCUGGAGACCACUCCUUGUCUCGGUGUCGAAUGGGACACUACAACUGUAACGGUGUUCUGUGACGGGAAAUGACGAAAAACAGGGGACACGUGUAGAAACCCCAAAAUGGGGCACAGCCGGAUGGUUUGGCCAGCCGUGCUGCUGACCCUUGUUGCCUUCGGAGGGGCCUUUGCUGGAUCGCCAGGGGCUGGAGGAAGCUACGUGGGGGACGUCAACGUCUCUGCCAUUUUGGAUUCCUUCAGCGUUAGUUACGAUAAAAGAGUAAGACCGAAUUACGGAGGUCCUCCAGUGGUAGUCGGAGUCACAAUGUACGUUUUGAGCAUCAGUUCGCUUUCAGAAGUCAAAAUGGAUUUUACCUUGGACUUUUACUUUCGACAAUUCUGGACGGACCCAAGACUGGCGUUCCGGAAAAGGCCCAGCGUAGAGAUCCUCUCCGUAGGUUCGGAAUUCAUCAAAAACAUCUGGGUACCUGACACAUUCUUUGUCAAUGAGAAACACUCAUCCUUCCACAUGGCGACUACUUCCAAUGAAUUCAUUCGAAUACACCACUCAGGAUCAAUUACACGCAGUAUUCGACUCACAAUCACAGCUUCAUGUCCCAUGAACCUACAGUAUUUUCCGAUGGACCGGCAGCUCUGUCACAUAGAAAUUGAAAGUUUCGGUUACACCAUGCGAGACAUCCGGUAUAAGUGGAACGAAGGUCCCAAUUCGGUGGGGGUCUCCAACGAAGUUUCGCUGCCCCAGUUUAAGGUUCUUGGACACAGGCAAAGGGCCAUGGAGAUCAGCCUUACGACAGGAAACUACUCUAGAUUGGCCUGCGAAAUACAAUUCGUGAGAUCAAUGGGUUACUAUCUUAUCCAAAUUUACAUCCCGUCCGGCCUUAUUGUCAUCAUUUCUUGGGUAAGCUUCUGGUUGAAUCGUAACGCAACCCCCGCCAGAGUAGCCCUAGGAGUAACCACUGUGUUGACCAUGACUACGCUCAUGUCGUCGACGAACGCUGCACUCCCGAAAAUCUCUUACGUCAAAUCGAUCGACGUCUACCUGGGGACUUGCUUCGUGAUGGUCUUUGCUAGUCUAUUAGAAUAUGCCACCGUAGGUUACAUGGCGAAACGAAUACAGAUGCGAAAAAACAGAUUUUUGGCGAUACAAAAAAUUGCUGAACAGAAAAAAUUAAACGUAGAUGGCGGUCCUGAUGAUCACGCACCAAAGCAAACAGAGGUACGUUUCAAAGUUCACGACCCGAAAGCGCACAGCAAGGGCGGCACCCUCGAAAGCACCGUAAACGGCGGUAGAGGCGGCGACAGAGGGGGUGCCGGACCAGACGAAGAAGCGGGAGCUCCUAUUCCUCAGCACAUUAUUCACCCCAACAAGGACAUAAACAAACUGUACGGGAUCACUCCCUCGGACAUCGACAAAUACUCCAGAAUAGUGUUCCCGGUGUGCUUCGUGUGCUUCAACUUAAUGUACUGGAUCAUAUACCUGCACAUCUCCGAUGUGGUCGCUGAUGACUUGGUGCUACUCGAAUCGGACAAAUAAGCGCCGGCUCUUCUUCAAAUUAAAAAUGUGCUUUUGAUUAUGAUUCAUUUAUUUCUAUAACGAGCUAGAUUUUACGUUUAAAAUUUAAAUCUAGGUCCUAGAGUACACCAAAUAGAUGUCUAUAAACCAAACUAUUACAUUUUAAAUUGAACAAACAAAUAUAACGUCGGACUACCAAGAUUGAAGAUGCAGUGGAUAACUCUUAAAAAAAUCAAAAUUUCAUGUCGCCAUUAAUAUUACUAACUCUUUUACACCAAACAUAGUAAUAGCACAUAGGUAGUUGAUUUUCCCUAAUAUCAGCAACAUAAACGCCUAUUCGAUAUACACAAUAAUUAAAUUCUUGAAUAUAUGGAAUCCUACAAAUAUUUACGGCUAUUAGAAGACUAUUACUAUACAUAUAAGUAUAAGAACGGAACAUAAGUUGUAUAAAACUUUUUGGUAGUUUGGCAAAUGGGUUUCGUUCCCACAGUCAUCACAUUGGAGAGAAAAAACUAGUUAUAAAAUCGGACGUCGUCUAUGUCUAUAAGUAAAAUAAAAUCAGAGAAUAUCUACAAUUUUUAUUGAAAAAAAUAAGAAUAGAAAAUAUCAGGAUUUAGAUUUAAAUUCUGGUACUAAAAUCAAACUGCAUACUCGAAAAAUAAAUCAACUAUAUUUACCUUAAAUUGUUGCCAAUAUAUAACUUGAAAAACUGCACAUAUAUAAAACUAUAUAAUAUUAUACCUAGCGUAUACUCAAUUUUUGACAAAAUAUAGGCACUGCUUUUCAAGCAAUAUCAGUUAAAUUCUCACAAACAUUUACAUAAUAUAAUGCUAUAUAUACGACACAUGAAUAAAAAUCGUACAAACCAGUUAUUAGCAAAUCUAAAUGCAUAUUACUUUGAACAAUAUCUACACGCCCGUAUUUCUAUCGAUAUUCUUAAUAAAGUAAGAUUUAAAAGUAAACAGAAAGUUGUAGUUGACCCGUUAUAAUACAUAUUAUGUAGUGUCAAGAGCACAUUUUUAAAUGUAUAGCGACAGCACAAAAGUGACGACAUAUUAAAAGAACUGUGUGUUUUUUACUAACUCAGACUUUAGAUUAGUGUUGAACUACUCAUCAAAAUAUACACAAAACAGUCCCUUUAUACAUUCAAGAACUAAAUGGUCAAAACAUUGGUGAUGUCAAAUUUUCCUGAAUGAAAUGAAAUGAAAAUUCACAAUAUGAUUUUAUGUUUUAUCACGUUAACUUGGCACCAAAAGAUACUGAGGUAGUGAUAAUAAGGGGAUGACAUGUUCUCGUCUUCUUUUGUGGUUGCAGGGAAAGUUUUUGUUGUUCCUUUAUUAGAGUUUAUUUUUAGUGCCUUUUUAAUUUAAUUCGUUUACCUUUAUAUAACGAUGGGUGAUUUAUAUUAUUUAUUAAAAAUUUACUAUAGAAGGUUUAUUGUAAUAAUGUUAUAAAAAUGUGUUAAAAGAUAAUAUUUAUAUAUUAUGUAUGGUUAAUAGUUUUCCAUUUAUGUAAAAGGGCACAAAAAUGACAUGAAAUGUAUUUACAAAAAAUUGAUUUUUAAGCAGGAGGACGAAUCAAAAUAUUCAGAUUAUUUAAAAACGUUUUAUAUUACCGAAUAAAAAGCAACAUAAACAAGAACGAAAAGAAAGUUUGCAUGAAAAAGACAGUUUUGACUGUGAUACAAAUAGACUAGGUACAAUGAAAUAUUAUAAUCUAAAAGCUGUAAAACGAUUUCCCAAAAAUAUGUCAUACUGAAACUCAACAACUGCAGAUAGAUAUUAUUAAAUCAGAUUUUCAAAAUUCGUUUCUACAAAUGAGAACUACUUGUGAACAAAAAUUUUAAUAGAAUAGUAUGUUUCUACCAGGUUCUACUGUUACUUGUCUAAUAUUUAUUUAAUAAAGGGUGUGAAAAUAGAUAAAUACAUUCUAGUAAUAUAUUGCGAAAAUAAAACUGGUUUUCAAUAAUUAAGUAUGAGCAGCUCUAGUAUAAUUUAAACAACACAAUAUAAUUGCUACAUGCACUGCUAUUAAAUAGGAAGACUCUUGAAACUAUUGUUAUAACAAUGGGAAAUUGCGUUAUAUAGUCGUUCUAUUAUAUUUUUGCACAAAAGUCAUGAUUCGUUUGCAAACAAGUUAAACCAAAAGAUUAAUUGAGUACGUCGAUACGUAAUAUCAUUAAUAUAAUAAUAUGUACUCUCAAUGUAAUAAUUAGGAAAUGGCUAUUAUCGGUGGACUUAUUUUAAAAAGGUAUAGCUAUUGUACAUUUUUUAUAUUUAUCCAUGUUAUUAUAUAUUUAACACAAUAUAACUUUAUAAAAUAAAUACAAUAUAAGUUAUAAAUUCCAAUAAACAUAACAAAUGCGCUAAUGUAACUGUCACUGAAAAUCAUAAACGUCAGAAUUCAUAAUAUUAAACAAGGUAUCAAAUACAUGCCGUAUUGUUUAUCCUUGUUUAACUUAUUGCGGUUUCUAUAGACAAGCGGUUUAAUGUUGCGAUACUAGUUUCUGUGAGUAAAAAGAGACCUAGUACAAAAAGUAAUUCGUGAAUAAUUUCAUGCAUGUGCAAAGAUAUAAUGAUAACUAUUAUGAAAUUCAGAAAGAAAAACGUAAAAUAGAAAAAGAAAUAAGACAUGAUCGAAUAGGAAUACACAUGAAUAAAGUUAAAUAGACAUAGUUAAGUAGAAUGAAAACAUAACCUAAAAGAUUGUAAGUGUUUAAUAGUUUUCACAGUUUCAGAGUGUUGUAUAAAAAUGUUCAAAAUACAAACUAUGAUGUUAUUUUGAUAGUAAUCAUUGUCCGAACGAAUUUUUCCUGCUGUUUACCUGUUACAGAUCAAUCAAAAUGGUUUAUAUAACUUUUUUGCUAAGAACCUCUUGCCUAAAGAUCGAUUAAUUUGUAAAAUAAUUACCAAAAUAAUUUCUCAUAAAAUGUUUUAAAUAUAUCGCUCAGUCGGCUGUGCUACUUUGUGCUAUUUUUGGAUAUCGUGAAUAUCUCACGAAAUAAAGAAUUGAAGAACUGAGCACUCUUCAAUUAGGGCUUCUCUCCCAAUAUGAUGAGUCGUUGUACAUAUUUUUCAAACUUAUUCAUCUGGAGAAGAAAACACAGAUUCGUUAAGACCUAACUAUAAAUGUCUUCAUUUUUAGAAGACACCGAUGUUAAUUCAAUGAAUAAGUAGUUAUGACCAUUCUUUGAAUCUACGUAAUGAAUUUUUAAUUUUCUUUUAGCUCGAUACCAAGUACCGGAAUCGACUAUAGAAAUUUAAAAAAAUAAUAAUAACUACCUCAGAAUAAAACGAGAUUUAAAAUCGGUACGUGAUGAAUACCUAUAAUCAUUGCACUUAACAUCCAGUCUGUACAUUUUCUCUGUUUUCUAUUUCAAGAUUUUCAUCUUACCAUUGAAUCUCGACACAUCGUUUAUCUAAAAGUUGUUCAAAGAAUAUAAGUCCAGGACGCACCAGCUACAAAGUAUUUCAACUUAUUUUUGUCAAUUUGUAGUGGUAUAAAUGCAAAUUAAUAAUAACUAAUUCAAUAGGUUUGGUUAAGGUUUUUAUAAUGUCAAUGAAAAUAUUUGAAAAUACUUUGUACGUGUUUCGAAUGGGAAUAUAUUGUGAGAGUAUUCUUUGGACUUCCUAUUAUUAAGACGGAUAUCAUAAAAAAGUUUAAGUUAAUAAUGUUUAAAUUUUUAUUUCAUGUUACGUUCUAGUCGCUGGUAGCCUAGACUCGGUUAGUUAUAGUUUUAAAUUAAAAGAAAUUGAGAACAAUUAAAUUGUCCGGAUUUUCCCCUUUUUAUAAUAAAACUGUUUUUAACAAAUAACGUAUGUCCCUAUUCAUAAGGUUAUAAAAGUAGAAGUUACAAAUCAGUAUGAGGUACAGAAAGACUCUAAUAACAAAAUUUAUGCAUUGUUUAUUGGUAUAACUUGCUUUUUAUGCAAGAUUUGUUUCAGUACAAGAAUUAAGGAGAUUUACAAGAAGAUUUACAAAACAAAAUGGUUUACGUUUAAACACCUCGAAAGUUAGAAUAACUCUGUAAAGAGAAGACAGCAAGUUAUAUAAGUCAAUUUAAAGAAUACAUUCAAUUGAAUAGCAUAUAUUAAGGGUACUAUAGCUAUUUAAUUAUUUAAAUGGAUAAUGAGACAGAAGAGGAUAAUUUUAACAUUACUUCGAAUAUAUAUUAUUGUCAAAAAUCAUUGAGUUAAAAUAAUAAUCCUUAUAAUAUAUCUGCUUAAACUAGGUAUAUAUGGCUACCUCAAAAAAUUUUUCAAAAGUAUUUUAUACUCAUUGUUUUCAAAUUUUAAAAAUAAAUCAUUUAAUUUACGUAUACAAGAAAUAACAUAUUAAAAAAAAUAAUUUUUUAUUUUUCCUGUAUAGACAUUUUGAUAUUCAUGUUGAAAGCAAUUUUUAAAAAUAAUAUAGUGGAACCUCCGGACUGCGGCACUAAUAAUUUAUGUUACUUGUACUGAUAUUAGAAUUAUUAUUUAAUAAAAUUGUUAGUGUUGCUGAUAAACAUAAUUUUUAACAAACGUUUCAGGAUAUUUUUGCAACAAAUAAAGAAAAUCGAUGCAACUAACAUGUAUUGUCGGUAAUUAGAUAUUGCAUCAGGUUUUCUUAAAAAUGUAUAUACAAAAAGACACGAGAUCGGUGGGCAAAGAGUUCAAAUAGGUUAGUACGUUAAAACUACAAUACUAUUCGUUAAAAUUUGUGCUCUUUAAUACAUUAGUUUUUUAAUCAGAAUACCAAUUUUUGAGGUUGAAAUCUAGUUUUGAAAGUUUGCAAACUGCUAAUAUAAUAUUACCGCUAAUUUAAAGAAAGACUGUAGUUGUGCCUAACGGGGAAAAUAUAUUUUGAAAACCCUUGGUUAUAUUAUUUGGACAUAAUUAAUAUCUGUUUACUGGUAUCUUCUAAACUGAUAUUAUCAAUAUAAUACGUGUAGGGCUUUUCAUCGAUUGUCAUUGGUUUCGAGCUUCUGUUAUGCAUCACAUGAUAUUAAUAUAUCUCCGUCAGACGUCUUUGGUUUGUAUCAUUGGUAUAUACCAAUAACGUAUGACGUAGAUAUAUUAAUAUUAUGUGACACGUGACAGAAGCUCGAAACAAUUGACUGUGAAUGAAGAGCCCUUUUUGUGUGUAUCUUUUUGUAAACCACCUGUUUUAUAUUUUAAAGCAAAUUCUUUAUAACUGUCACAAAUCAAUUCAAAUUAUCAAUUUAGACACGAACUUGUUAAUGUUUUAGUCGAUUAUUCAAUAUCUUUCAUUGGCACCUUACGCGGUGAUCAAUUUAGUUGAUAGUUAUUACAUACGAGAAUAUUAAAACAAAUAGUAAAAAAGUAGAAGCGGGAAUUUACUGAUCACCAAAAUGAGUUUGUUCUAUUCUCUCUCUUCAAUCCUGACCCCCCGGAGGGAGUGUAGUGGCUAAAUGUAUAUAUACACUCACCGGCACAAAAUUCCGCCACCCCAAAAUUUUUGAUUAAGUUUGACAAUCUAUAACUUUAUUAUUUGUACUUCGAUUUUAAAAAUUCUUGCACGAGUUUGUAGGUACAUGUAUUGAUGUCAAUUGCUAUUAUUCCGGUAACAAAAAUUUUUUGCUUAGAUAGCAUUAUACGGGGGUGAAUGUAAGCGUUGUUUUUUCUCCUAACUUUGAAAAAUUCUGUGGAUAAAUUGGAGGGCUGAUUUUGUUUCAUACUCCUUUUGUAUUAUCCUGGAGAUAUCACUAAGGUUUUUUUUAAUUAUCUGAAUAUCUCUUUUCUUGUAAGAGCUGUAAUUAAAAACACUGCUUUGAAGGUUUAUUUAAUUAAAAAUAUCAAACGCACUAAAAACAACAAAACAAAACAAUUCAAUAGCGGUUAUGUCCACCUCUUGCAGCAACGACUGCUCGCAAUCUGUUUAGCAUCUAAUAAAGAUGUGUUAUCCUUGCCUGGGGAAUAGCCCGAUAUUCCUCUACCAGGGCCAUAAUUGUACCAAAUUUUCUGCAGGCGUAGGAUGACGGCAAAUAGCUUUUUUUAUUCAUCCCAUAAAUGCUCAAUAUGAUUGAGAUCUGGGCUGCAUGCGGGCCAUUCUAAUCUUAUCAAUCCAACCUCAAUUGUAUGAGUCAAUCAGUGUUUUUAUUUACAAAAAAUGGUACAGCUCUUACAAGAAAAAAGAUAUUCGGAUAAUUCAAAAAACAGAAUGUUGGUGAUGCCUCCGAAAAAAUGUGACAGGACUAUGAAACAAAAUCAGCUAUUCCAUUUUUCCACAGAAUUUUUUAAAAUUAGGAGAAAAUACAACGCUUUCUUUCACCCCUGUACAACGACAUGCAAGCAAAAUUUUUUGUUAUCGGAAUAAUACCAAACAAUAUGAAUACAUGUACCUACAAACUGGUGUAAGAAUCUUGAAAAUCGGAGCACAAAUAAUAAAGUUAUAAAUUGUCAAACUUAAUCAAAAAUUUUGGGUGGCGGAAUUUUGUGCCGGUGAGUGUAGCUUUAAUAAUAUCAUUUUGUAUAUCACUUGAAACUCUCGAAAAAACAGAUGUUGCUAGAUUUUUACAAAAUUUUUGAUCUUUUUUGGCAAUUAAUGUUAACAAUUCCCUGUAAUUGCCUGGAUUGUCAGAGUCGUCGCACUCAAAAUGACCACGAAACGCUAGUUCUUGUUUGGCCCAAAAACAUACAGUAUCUAUUAUAAGUGUGCUAAGAAUAUACCUAUCUAUUUUUUUAACAAACUCAUUAUGUUUAGCAAUAUUUGCUUUAAAAGCUUGGAUAAAAUAACUUUUGAUUUUUGUUUUGCCAAACUGAAUCAAACUGGGUAUACAUCUUACAUGUAGGUAACGGAGAAAUAUCAUGUCUCCUUUUUAAAAAUCUAACACUAUUUAAAUUGUGAACCUGGUCCACCCAUUUUUCUGUAGAAACCAGAAGACAUGGCCAACAAUACAGUAUAUUUUUCUUGCAACCAUAAUAUAAGCAAGGAUUUUCACUGUACCAACUAAAUUUAAAAUAUCGAACUACUUUUGUUGAUUCCUUUUUUAAAUUGUUUAAAAUAGGUCUUUCAUUUUUAAUCUCAUUUUUUUCUUCAAAAUUAUACACGGAGAAUUACUUUUCAAGUAGUUGAUCGAUUAAGAAGCGACACUCAUCCAUGGUUAACUGCACGCACACUUUUUAUAGGUACUGUCACCAAUUUUAAAUCUGGUAACAGCGCUACUGAUAAACAGCGCGCUUAUGCCGUCGCUUCUUUAAAAUUUUCAGUCACUAGUCGGUCCCGAGCGCCAGCGUGGGUAUAUAACCAUUGUAACCAGAAAUGAGUCUGGUAACAGAGUAUAAUAAAGUGCAACUGAGUCACAUAAAUUCGCCAAUAUUUUCGUGUCUACGAGUAGUUGGCUAUUUACUGAGUUAGGUACUAUUACCACAUAAUAUAAUAAUAUAUUUCUAUUGGUAAAAAUAUUGGUAACUAGAAUUAUUCAUCGUCAUAAAAGAUUUAUUUGCAAGAUUUUUAACUGUUACCAAUGGUAACAGUGGUUACAUGGACGCUUCGCCAGUGCCUUGUAUAAUGAGUCUUUCCAUGUUUUCUGUGUUGGCUCUCAUAACAUGUCCAAAGUAUUUUAAUUGUUGGAUGGAUGGAUGUUUGUUUUAUUAUUAAAUCCCAAUUAAAGCUAUUGUAAUAGUUGAAUUCGAUAUCUUUCCAAUAUUGUAAAUAGUCUUAUGUUUGGUAUGAUCGAUUCGAUGAAUUUAUGUCCAAAUAAUACAAAAAGGUUGAUAGUAAACGUUAUAGAAACUUUUCGUAUAUACAAAGGUUUUUGCAAAUGUGCGUUACUUUAUCCUGAGAUGUUUUUAUAACCCAUGUACAUAUGACGUUCCUGUUUUAUACCUACUCCACGCACAGAGCCCAGCUAAAUAAAACUUAGGUUAGGAAGCACGUAAAUCGACACUAAAUAUUCCCCACUAGUAGAGGUCUGUGGGCCAGUGCAUUUUAGAUUUUGGGAAAAAGACGUCCCUAAAAACAAUGGGUAUGGGGUUUUAAUCUGAAAUGUACAGGAUUACGAGCUCUAACCCUCAACAGAGGCCGAUGUACCUGGAAACAAAACUUUGAUAUUUGGGAAAAUAUCAAAAUAAUUAUUUAUUUCAUACUACUGUAUUUUAUUUAAGGUACUCAUGUCAAAAAUGUAUUAUUUAGUAAAAAUAUUAAAAUUUGGUUAUAAAUAUAAAUUUGCUUCUUCUACUUAAUUAUUAAAAAGUGACAAAGCAUUUUUUUGCUAAAAGGUUUUUGAUAUAACACACUUGAGAUAAUACUAAAACAUUGAAAUAAUGUCAUGCUUUUAAAACACACUUGGGUAUAGAACAUAUUAUGGUUAAACCAUCCACUUAGGAAUAUACCGAUAGAAAGCUCUAUUUAAAAAAAAUUGUAAUUUGUAACCCGACUGGACUGCAAGAAAUUUCCUAGUCGACUGGAUGGAGAAUAUGGUAUUUAUAACUACAGAUAUGUUAUCGCUAUGAUUAAUAAUUUAAAUAGAUUUUAAUUCUUUGUCUUCAUCUAAAUUUGCCCCAUACGUGACCCGAUUUUAUUCUUUAUUCUGAUUUUUUUACAACCUUUUUAAAUGUAUAAAUUACGUAUAUGUUACGUUUUUUAUAUAUUUUAUUUGAUACACGUUUAAAGUAUUUUAUUAGUGAUAAUUUCUUUAAGGUUAUUGCUGACGACAAAAUAUUUUUGUUCAAAGUUCAAAAUUUUGUUUCCAAUCUUCAUAGGGAUCCACGCAUAUAUAUGCAAACCGUUAAGAGAAAUACGGUAAACGAAAUUCUAAAACUGUAUUAUAAAUAUUAUUGUAAUAAAAUUAUAUAUAUACAAAAAUGAUAGGUAGGACACGCGCUCGUAGCCAACAAAAUGAAAUACCUAGAGACACUGACUGUAAAUAAUAAAUUAGAGCCACAGAAUUAUUACUAAUUAUUACGCAUUUAAGUCAAAUUGUGAGUGCGUCUGACCAAGAGAGGCUGAUAAUGAAUGAAUUAUUACGAUUGAAAAGAACCUUUCUGCAAUACUGACCAGAAUCAUCUAUAUUUAAUGUUAAAUAAUAAUUUACUUGUUAAAUCCUCUGACUUUAAUGCAUUCAAAUUUCAUAAUUAUAAAAUUGAUUCUUAAAAGUAAAACAUGGUAAUUGUAAAUAUCAUUAGGACAAACACAGGCAUAUGCUACUUUCUGUUAUAAUCUUCUAGUUCUGCUGUAUGUAAUAGUCUAUAAAUAUCAUUCAGUUACUAUAUUCAGUUCUUUAAUUUUUAUUCGUUUUAGUUGCAUAUUUUUAAACAGAUUUUUAUCAAUAACCAACUGUCUUAUAUCUUCAACUUUAUAUCAUAAAGUAUAAAAACUAUAAUAUAAUCUUAAUAUUUCGGCUUUUUCUAAUAUUUUCUUUAAAUUUAAAAAAUAAAGUUGGUACUUUUAACUCAGAAUUAAACUAAGUUUCAUACAGAAAACUACUUUUUGAAUAAAAUUGCGUUGCAAGAUACAUAGUAUGAAACUUUUAGACCUAUUUUUUAUGAAACUCUUCACUGUAAUUAAUAAACAAUAACUUUUAAAACUUCAACUAAUAAUUUAGUUUGAAUGCAUUAAGUGUUUAAUACAUGUUGUCUAUUCCAUUGGUAUUGUAUUUUUAAAUUUAUUAUGUUUCAGUUGUGUCUUCUUAAAAUAUUCAAUACGCAUACAGAGUAGAAAUUGAAACUGAAACGAUUUCAGAAGAAAUUAUUUUGCAAAAUCAAUGGGAAAAUCCCAAUAAAAUUAUUUUGGUUUAAAAAGUUUCUAUGUGAUAAUGCCUAUGAUAAAAAAUAUAGAACUGAUUUUAAGAAACCAAGCAAAACAAUAAAAUAAAAGAUAUUAGUACUUAUAUUUAUAAGUCAACCCAUUAUACUUUUUAAAAUGAACCCAUGAAAUCUGCUUCUACUUCUUCUUUAAGGCAAGCGUCCACAGACCCGCAUUCGUACGCAUCCGACGCAUCGUACGCAACGGAUUUUAGUUUGCCUUGUACAGAAACUUAUGUAACCGCGUCCACUGAUCCGCAUCGUACGGAUCGCAUUAUCGAUUGUCAAACUAAAAUCCGUUGCGUACGAUGCGUCGGAUGUGUACGAUGCGGGUCUGUGGACGCUUGACUUUAUUCGUCUUAAUCGACAAAAUUUGUGUCCAUUCUUUGGUGUAUUAUAUAUUUAUAAUAUACAUAUGUAGUUACACCAGCGCUGUGUUUUUAGGUCGCCCAAUACUUCUUCGCUCUAUCUGCGAUUUCUCUCCAAAUAGAUAUUUUUUGUAUUCACGCGAUUCUAUCAAAAUGUUUAUUCCGUCAUAUUUUUCUUUCUUAUAUCUAUAUGCUAUAAUGAUUUCACUUAUUUCCCUUUCAUAAUAUCAUGUAUUACCAGUUAUUCUUCUUAAUUAUUAUUCUUUUUGUUAUGGAUGCGUUGGGCCUUGAUUCUUCUAUGUAUGUCAUAACACAACGUACUGUUAUCUUGUGCACUUCAUUUUACAUCUCUAUAUCAAGAUAUUCGUUCAUUUUUCAAAAUUACAUCGUUUAAAUAGCCUGUUACCUUAAUAGCUUUUGUAGCUUGGCGUCUUACUUCAUUCAGAUACUUAAAAUUCAUUGUUGGUUCUAUUAUCUUACCAUUGACUUCCAAUUUACAUUAUAUCCUUUCCUUAGGACUGAUUAUAUAAUUUAUUAUUUGAGUUUUAUUAGUGUAUUAGGAGUUUUCUCUUUUUUUUUUAAAAUGAUGUAAGAACCUUUGAAAAUCGUCUUCAAUUUCUGCUACCGGGAUAAUAUUGUCUACAUAACAUAGUACUUUCACGUUCACUUUCCCCAUUUUAUAUCAUAUUUCCUUUAUUAUUUCUCUAUAAACGUCUUUGAUUAUUCUAAUUAGGUGUUGCGGAACUCCUCUGUUGGAUUCUAUUUCGAUAAUAUCUUCCAGCUGAAUUCUAUCAAAAUAUUUCCAUACGUCCACAAAACACAAGAAUACUUGUCAAUUAUAUUCGACACAUGUUUCUAAUAUUUUUCUCUACUUGUCAGUAUAAUAAAAUCUGCUUUAAAACGCAUUUACUUGAUUUACUGAAAACUAGGGGCAACUAGCGACGACAGACAUCUCAUAAACCAUUUAUAUGCGGUUCCAACAUAAGAGCUGCCGUUAUAGAAUAAUAAAAGUAAUAUGAACAAACUACCAUCGUACGUGAAACAGGGAAGAAUAAAUAGGAAUCAUUGAUGGUCUAAAAAAAUUUAGUACAUCAUAACCCAAACACAAUCUCUAAACUUUAGCACCUCAAAAAAAUUUAGCACAUAAGAUUUAUUAAUAAGUUAUACUGUUAUACUGAUUUAUUAAUAAGUUAUACUGAGGUCAAAGGGCUUCCACGAUAUUUGACCUUAAAUUUUAAAGGCAGGUAAUGUAAGAAUGAGUCAAAUAGGAAUUUAUUGUAUCGCCACUCUCUAACUUCUACUUACUGAAAAAAAAAAUAUGAGCAGGCACUUCAGCACAGGGCUAAAACCAGGAUAGUUCUAUUAACAAACUACAACACGCAAAGGAUAUUAUACUGGUAUUUAAGAAAAUAACGAGAAAUCUUGUUUCCAUUUGUUAAGUGGGCGUGAUCGGAUUAGAAUCGUUUUUCGACUCGACAUAGACAAUUAAAUUAAGAGACUAAAUUCUGUUAUAAAAUAAAUGUGUUAAUUUAGACAUUUUUAUACCCCACUAGGAACGCUUAGAAAAUCAUAUCAUUAGAGAUGAUUAUGACAAUGUACAAGUUCGAUCUAUAUUUAACACUUUAUAAAACAUACGCAUCAACUGAAACAUAAAUAAUAUUUUUUUCUCUAUAAAUGAUCAAUGUAUUGAGCUUUUUAAGUGUUAUAAGAAUAUUUUACAUGAUUAUAAAAUUAUUGUAUAGUUUCUGCUCAAGCUGAUUAUCAUAAUAUGUUGUAUAAUAAGUGAUAAAAAUCAUUUUAUUUGUAAUAUACAAAUAUAUUCACAUAUCUAAAUUCAAAAUUAAUAAACUCCACUAAUAAAUAAUUGCCAAAAUUCUCAGCGGGAGUAUUAUUAUUGUAUACUUUAAUGGUAAUUUUUAUUGAAGUUGAUUCACACAAGUCAAGUAGUUUGGUAGAGUUUUCAAGUAAUUUAGUAAUACACAUAAUGACAAAAUAAUACAUAUAUUAUACAUUCAUUUUGGCCAGCCUGACUGGAAGAGUUUAGUAAACAAUGGGUAAAUAAAACUUAUUCUACUUUGGAGGUCUAGUGGACAUAAAACGACCACAUUAUUACCAGACUGGCUCGCUUAGAUGGAUACUAAAAGGAUACAGUGGAUAUGCCCACAUCAUUGAUAAUAAAUAAUGGGUAGACAUAAUAUCGACUGUAGUUAUCUGUUGACCGAAGAGAUUAAGACAUCUUUCUUCUGGAUAACUGCUUAUUAUCAGUAAUUUAAUUACUCAUCUUAUCCAGUAAUUAAUUAGAAGAUUAUUCCAAUAUUCGGAGGACGAGAAAAUGUUUUGCUGAUUUUCAGCAGCCAAUAAUAUUUAAAGAGUCAAAAUCUUCAAGCUCAUCUCUGGCUGAUGUUUUUAUUGAUUAAAUAUGUUCGCUUUACUAGUGCCUUUCAACUAAAUACUAGCCACGUGUAAGCCAUGGUUUUUACUUGACUUGAUGUAGGUAACUCCACUAGUUUACUUGACUUGUAUGAACACUCAACAUCUAUUCUGACGAUUAUAGGUAAUCGUAAUCACUGUACACAUUACUUAUUAAAAAUUAUUAUUAGAAAUUUUAUAUAUUCUCUUUCACAAAAUGUUUUGUUUUAGCAUUAUUAUAUAAAAAUGUGUAGUUGGAGGUGGUUGAUUCUACAAUAAGAAAUAUGCAACUGAGUAAUGCAGUUUAUUUAUUACGAAAACUAUAAGAGCUUUAGCACAAAUCAAGCUUUCAUAAUUCUUAAAAUACCGCCCUCGUCAACAUAAAUUCUACUUAAUUUAAAUCAUAAAUGGUCUACUUUUAUUAUAUACAUAUGUAGUUUCUUUACAGACCUUUUAGGCCCAGAGCUUUGUUGUUUUUUCCGUAGCUUUCUGUUAUUUGUCAACUUCUCCCAGUCUGUUAUUCCCUUUUUCUUUAGGUCUUCUACUACCGCCUCUCUCCAUCGCUUUCGUGGUCUUCCUCUCUUUCUUUUAUAUUCUGGUACUCUCCAUGAUAUUUUCUUGACCACUCUGUCAUCGUUCAUUCUUUCUAUAUGACCCAGCCACUGCAACCUUCUUGAUUUUAUUACGCUAUCUAUUUGUGGUUCUUUGUAAAUAUAAUAAACUUACUCAUUUGUCCUUCUUAUAUACCCUUCCUCUGUUCUCUUCCCUAUUAAUAUUCUUCUGAGUAUUUUCCUUUCCCAUUUUCUUACUGUUUCUUUUGUUGUUUGGUUGAGUAUCCAUGUCUCACAUCCGUAUGUCGCUGUUUGCCUUAUUAUAGUCUUGUAAAUCCUGAAUUUCGUAUUCUAUGACAGCUGUUUUGAUCUUAGUAAAUAAUUAAUGGCUCCCGCAGAUCGAUUGGCUUUACUUAAUAUGGCAUCAAUUUCUUUCAUUUCUUCACACUUGUUUGUUAUCCUUGCUCCUUAAUCCUUAAUCUUCUAAAAAAGGAAAUUAACAAGAAAGUCAUGUCAAUUUUGUAGAUGUUAUUAUGUUCAAAAUUUAACAGGGUCAAUACACUGACGUAUUUUGUGGAAAAUAAAAAUUUGUUAAUUUUAGACUCAUAUUUCCUCAUACUUUCUUACUUUAUUUCAAUUACAUUUUUAUCACUUAAUUAUAUAACAGAAUAAAAUCAUAACAAAAACGUAACUAUAAUACGUCUAAUUUUAUCAGUUGCGUAGAAAGGAUUAAAAUGUAAUGACGCGCUCUCGAAAAAAAUCUCCCUAGUUUGUACACCGUACCGUCACUCCAGUGUUUAAUAAUUUUUAGGCACUUAGCACAGGGCAAGAUUCUGGAGCAAUAUACAGAUUAAAUCAUAAAAACUUCCUUCUUAUGAACAAAACAACACGCUGUAAACUGCACCCUAAACAGCGAGCAUACCGAAAACUGACGUCAGCGUUUGACGAAUUUUCAAACUAUAGAUCAAGGUCAACUUUAAAUAAUGAUUUAAUUUAUAAUUAAUAUUAUUAUAACAUGCCUUAUAUUAUCUUUGAAUAAAGAAUGAUGGAGCAGUAUGCAUAUGAUGGCUUACAAAUUUUUUCAUUGUACUUAUUAACUGUUAUAUAUGAUAUAGUAUUUCAUCAGAAUCUACUUAAAAUGUGUACCUAUGUUUUGUUUGUUGUUGUUUUUUUUAAUUUGAAAUCCUGCAUAAUUAUAGUUUUAAGCCGAAAUGGGUUACUACAACACUACUAUGUAAAUUUAAACGUCACUAUUUAUUUUUAUAUAAAUUUGUAUCUCUAAUAAGCUACAAUUUUAAAAAUUUAGGGUAUCUAAACUUCAUAUCAAAUAUUUGAACUUUAGUAUAGUUUAAUAAAGAUAUUAUCUACUUCUUCCAGUUUUUACAAGGAGUUUAUAAGUGAUUUUUUAAUAUAAAUGAAAUAUUUUGUUUUGCUUUUGGUGCAUAACUAAGAAUUAAUAAUUAAUAUGAUAUUUUCAAUUACAUAAUUUAGACAAGAUUGACCUUGAACCCACCAUUGACUGACAGAAAGACAGGUCAGGGCCAGAGCUUGCUAUUGUCAGUGGCGGCGGGCUCGUUAGGGAAGGAGGUCGCUGGGGGGCCAAAACAGAGGGCUCGGUCCCCUUCGGCGUCCCCCCACCCGCACUGCGAGCGACUAUUGCUCACUAUUAAAUAUUCUAAAUGAUAAGAAAGAGUUGUAUGUACUAUAUUUGAAGACAUUCCAAUUAUUUAUUAACUACGUAUUGCGUAGACAUAUACUGUUUGGCGUUUUUAUUUAAAUAAAAAAUUUGAAAAGUG